AUGGAUUCUGCUCACCAAGAUCUACUCUUCUACACAUCUGUUCGUUGGCUGUCAAAGGGUAAUGUUCUCGCCCGUGUAUUUGAACUCUUUGAUGAAUUGCUGAUAUUUCUGGCAGCUCAAGGGAAGAAAACGGAUCAGCUGUUAAAUGACAUUCAGGGGCCAUUUAAGUGUAGUCUUGUCUACUUGGCAGAUGUUUUUGAAGCUUUGAAUGGACUCAACCGGCAACUACAGGGCCCAGAUGCCACUAUCAUAAUGCAUACCGAUGCCAUCAAGGCUUUCCUCGACAAGUUAGCUCUCUGGAAGAGGAAAGUUGAAAGGGGAAAUGUAGCUUCCUUUCAGCGUCUGAACGAGGUCAUCGGAGAAGAACCACUUGCCGAGGAGCUGCAACAAGAGAUCAAGGAACACUUGAUAAUCCUCCAAGAAGAGUUCAAACGCUAUUUUCAUGAAACUGAUAUAAAUGAAAAUGUACAGCUGACACUUGCUCGCAAUCCUUUCCGAUGCACUGUGGAUGAACUUCCUGAUGACAUACAAGAGGAAUUCUUGGAGCUCAUCAAUAACACCGCAGCGAAAGAGGAGUUCCAGGAACAGCAACAGUUCAACAGCUCUAACUGCUGGGUCAAGAUGCUCUCCGCUUUCCCCAAGACCAGCAAAUUUGCCCUGAAAGUACUCAUUCCUUUUUCAUCCACUUACCUCUGUGAAAGUGGUUUCUCGACUCUCCUGGUGAUCAAAUCGAAGGCUAGAAACAGGUUGAAUGCUGAAGCAGACAUGCGAUGUGCCUUGAGCCAUACAGACCCUCGUAUUGAUUUGCUUGUAGCAAAGAAGCAGGUACAUUCUUCACAUUAA